UUCCUACAUUGUCGAUCGACCAAACGGUGUCGAAUGAGAUUCGAUUGGCUUCGUUAAGUUGGCCCCGAUGAGUUCUAUGCUCGCGGCUUGUUCCACGUCGCCUCGGAUGGUAAUUAUCUGAACGAGAAGUAUGCGGAUCGGCGCAGAAUGUCAUGACAGAUGCCACAGACAGUACCUACUGCAGCCGGCUAUUCGCCGUCAUUCGAUUACAGCACAUUCCAGUUCGAUUUGUCCCUUCUGUCGGACGAUUAUGCCGCUACGAACACGCAGAGCACACUAAAAGCAACGCAAAUCAAACAGGAAGCACAAUCGCCUCGCCCCGGUUCGCCGACCGCUUACUCGACUUCACCUUACCCCGGUGCCGGUGGUGAACUAUCCCCUAACUACUCGCACGAAGGUUCACCAGGAUACCCGACGAGUCCCUACUACGUGCCUAGGAGUCCUCAGAGUGCUCAAUUCUAUCCGACUAGUCCAGAACCUUCCGCGAAGCAACCGGUUAAGAGAGAAAAGAGCCUUGAUCUUCUCGCUAUUUUGCAGGAGUCCAGACUCCUAGCCGAGAGUCUAGGCUACAGGGAGGAUUCUACUGACUGUACAGUGCCGUGCACACCACCCAGGACAGAGGAGGAUAUUUACAAUAGCCUUGACGCGGACUUCUUCGCGAAGAAAGAGGAUACCGCAGUGCAAGGACACCCGUUGCUGAAGGAAAUCCUAUUCAAGGAGGAGCCUCGAUCCAGUUGUAGCAGCAGCAAUAGCAGUACCAGUGGCAACACCAGCAAUUCCUCCUCCCCGUUGUCGUCCUCCUCAUCGAGCACUUCUUCCUCACCAGAUCCUGUGGAACUCGAGAACAGUUCUCCUUUGAGAAACUUGCUGUUUAAAGGUACCAGAAAGGAUUUCGCGGACGCGGCGAGAACAAAUGUUCUGAAACUUGAGAGAAUACAGGACGAGGUCCGAAAUCCUCUGCAAAAGGAGGAGGAGCUGUUCAAGGACGGACAAAAGAGCGAUCAUCAGUUGCUCAGAGAGGUUCUGAGGGAUACCAGCUUUCAAAGAAAGUACAAUUUGAGACCCGUGGAUCUGGGUAGCGUCGGGACAGGGUUCGUGGAAGACAUGGAAGCCGGCGAAUGUGUCGGUGAUCUGACGAGAGAACAGAUCGAACCUGUCCUCAGUCUGGCCAUCCAGCAGCUCCAGAAGGACUUUGACAAUACUUGCGUGGCUCUUGGUAUUCAUCCCGAGCCACGACGCUGGAGUGCUGCGGACGUAGCAGCCUGGAUCCAAUGGGCCAGAAGGCAGCUGCAAUUGCCCUCGGUGCCACUGGAGAGCUUCAACGUGGACGGUGCUACGUUAGCUUCCCUGACGGAAGAGGAAUUCUGUCAGCGUGCCCCUCAGUGUGGAAGUAUUCUUCAUGCGCAACUAGAAAUCUGGAAAGCAACAGUCGAAGAAUCUCCACGUAAUACACUGGCAGCUUCCUGGGUUCCCCCUGUCGUGCAAAUAUCUAACAGUAACAAUAACACCUCAUCCCCUAUUACGAAUACAACUCCAGCCAGUGUUAAGGGCUCCACUUGCAGCGGAGAUUUCUCCGAUGACGAGGACGAGGACUGCGGCUCGCAAGCUGGAACGGGCGGUGGCGGCGGCGGCGGUGGUAAAAUGCGUAACGGUGGCUCGCACAUUCACCUCUGGCAGUUCCUGAAGGAGCUGCUGCAAAGCCCUGGCAUCCACGGUUCCUGUAUACGUUGGCUAGACCGUGGCAAGGGCGUGUUUAAGAUCGAGGACUCGGUCCGCGUGGCCAGACUCUGGGGCAAACGAAAGAAUCGGCCGGCCAUGAACUACGACAAGCUUAGCCGUAGCAUCAGACAGUACUACAAGAAAGGGAUCAUGAAGAAGACGGAACGUAGCCAGAGGCUGGUCUAUCAGUUCUGCCAUCCUUACUGUCUGUAAAUCCCGGUUCCGUUAAGCCUUUGCGCUCACGGACAUCGAACGUGUUACCUCGACGCCUUUCAAAAAUGUUUCAUAUUUAUUCCCGGCGAAACACGUGACGAGUGAACGAGUCGAGUCUUGAUCUCGUUCGAUCGCAGGAUUUAUAAUAUUAUUUAAUGUAAACGCGAUACGUGUCGGGGUAACAUCGAUGAAUAGCAUCGCCUAUCUUUGUCGCAAUUACUCGUCGAUUCUCGUUUAUGAUUAGAAUAUUAUAUUAUAUGAUUAGAAUGUAUACAUCGGCGAUAAAUUUGUCGACAUUGUGGACGAUCGAAUUGUUCUAGUUAUCGAUGGUUUAUCGAACGAGCGCAAAGAGUUUAACACCUUCUCGCCGGUUCGAGAUUCAAGGUCGUCUAGGUUGAAUACCUUGAGGCUGGCAUUCGUUUUCAAAGGGAGUUACGACGAAGGGCUUCCGACUCUUUCUGCGUGCAAUCUUUUCUCACAGGACUCGUCGCGAAGACGAACGAUGGUGUGCGUGCCUGUUUCUCUCGUUGCGUGCGUGUCUGUUCGGUGUGGUUGAUCUUUUGAAGAAAAAAAAAAUGAGAAGAUAAAGUAAAACAGUGAAGAACCAGUACGGAGGUCAAAGAUAAAAAGAUACGAUCCACCGUGUUCGGUGUAUUAUCCUUCCAAGGAUAACGUCGUGCCACGGAUGGGUACCACUAAGUACGCCCGUUUUGGGCGAUCCUGUUUCCUUCCCUCUCCCUCGCCCCAGGUUUUCUUCCCCACUCUGUCCCUUUUUUCAUUUCUGCCCCGACUUUUCUCGUUGUAACAUAAACGAUUACCCCUUAAAAAGUAAGUUACUCCUUCGUUUCACGAUCCACAAUUUCCCCGUUCCGAUUAUCGGAGGCGUCGGGACGUUUGCAGAGUCGGUUUUCAAAUCUUUCGACUGGUACGCUUUCCGUAGAAAUAUCAUCUUUCGUUUUCAACUUGUCUUUUAAAUUCUUUUUCUUCUGUUAUCAAAUUUUAAAUAACGUAUAAUUUCAUAAUAAUAUCGACGUAAUCAAUGAUCGCGUGUUAACGUAUCGAUACCACUUAACCACCAACGGUAUAUUAUGGCUCGUACUAACACUAACGUUUUACUAACAUAACGAUAACGAUAUACAUAGUACGAUAAUGCUGCUAGUAUUAUUACUAUAUUCCCAUGAUAUCAGUAAUACUACUACAAUGUUAUGAGCGAUGUACUAACCGUAAUGUUAAUGUUAUAAGGUACUGAUGGUGGUAUUAAAUCGGUAUUAUAUACCGUUGUAUUAUCAUUAGCACGUUAUCGAUGCACUUAAACGCGACGUUACGUUAACCCGCGAUAUUUCUACGACUAUUAAAGCGGCGAUCGAAAGGCGAGAAGAUCGACGCGUCCGAGUUCUCGUUCGGAGGUACGUCCUACGAGUUUCGAACGUGCAACGUCGUGAUGCCAACAUUGUUGUUGUUCGAGGAUGGAAGAACAACAAGGAAGAAGCGAGUCAGUGGAGAUUUCGUUGGAGAAAAGGGAAGAAACUCCUCUUUCCUCUCUAUUCUCACGAUUGCUUACCAGCGCCGGUCGCCAAAGCCUCGAGCUGUAUCCAAUCCACGGAUCCACGAUCUAUGGACGAUCCAGCGCGCGGAACUAUUCGCUCAUGCUGGAUUCGUCCCGCCAUUUUAAUUUUUCUUUUUCAUAGGAAAUCGGAGUAAAUAGAAAGAAAGGGAAUUAUCGAAUCCUUUGAUAGUGUUGAGAUUAUCUAUGCUUGGUGCUAUGAAUCGAAUAUUUUUUAUCAAACAUCUUUACAAUAUUUAUAUUCCACAAGGCAAUGCUAGUUUAUAAAACAUGAAUUUUUCCGCUUGUAUAAAAACAAUUAACUAUUUUUGAUGCGAAAUAUUUUUAAAAUUAUAGUAUAUGUAUAAAUAGAAAGAUAUUUUUGAUACUAUAGACAUAUACAAAAAGAACAUAUUUUUCUAAACAUAUUUUCCGAGCUUUUACACAUUCAAAAGUGCCUUCUUCGAUGUUCUUAAAGAUAAAGAAAGGAAGAAAGUCCCGGCAAUCUGACACGCGUCCUUUUGAGGUACGUGCAGCAUCGAGCGUCGAGCGGUGCGGAAAAUUUUACUCGCGCGGCGUGAAACGAUCGACGGACGAUCGAUUCGUCCUAGGAUGCGCGAUCACGUCUUUCCUAUCUCGAAGAGAGAGCAUAGAGUUUCUCCGAAAGACGGAAGUAGAAAUAGGAAUAAAUUGAGAAAAAAGGAAAAACAAAGAAACGGUAGAAAAAUGGCGGUCGUGAAUAGCUCGAAGCUGAUACGUUUGCGCGGCUGGUUCUGGUGAUUUUGGUCCCAUAUAUCUAUGAUAUAUUAAACAUUGUAUGUUCCAUGAACGAUCUAGCGUGUAAGUUUCACUUUAGGCGUAUAGAUAUCAUGGCGGCUCACGUGAGCCGUCUGUUAAGUUACUCGAAGAGAUUCCCCUCCUUUCCACCAUUUCCUCUUUUUCUAAUCUUUAUCUAAAUAGCGUUUAAUUCUGUUAAUCGUCGUGCUAACUUAUCAUUAAUUAACCAUGCUUCUUAUUAAGAUUUAUUUAAACCUGCUCUGAAUACUUAAAAUAGAAUUCCUCACAAUCAUCAAGCUUUGAUCGCAUUCAUUCUAUACGUCUUCUCUAUCCUUAUUCGUUUUUUUUUUUUUUCUUUCAUUCAAUAUCGGCUUAAAUAUCGAACGAUGAUUUAUUUGAAAAUUUUAGGGCUACACAGGUCAAAUAUAAGGAUCCUCUGGAAUUUAGAUCAGCGAAGUAUCGAGCUUCUUCUUCUGUUCGAGGCUUCCGGGUGUAAGUCCACAGGUCCUAAAGUCUGGAACAGAAACGAUUUUUUCGUUCGAUAUUUAAGAAAAAACCUUAGAGAUCGAAGAUCGAGUGAACAGUUGGAAUUCGUCUCUGUGUAAUGUUUAUUUAAUGCGAUUUUAUUUUACGAUUAUUUAAAAACUCAUCCAAACGAACCCAUUGAUAGGUUCUACUAACAUCCCAAUUGUUUCGCUCACCGAUAUCGGUUGUAUAUAAUACUCGACGUGUAAUCAUUUUGUAUGUUCGUUUUAUUUUAUUAUUAUUAUUAUUAUUAUUAUUAUAUUAUAUUAUAUAUUUUUUAAUAAUUAUUUAUUUAACUGAGUUCGUUCGUAUUCGUAUUAAUAUAUUUUAUAUAUGUAUGUUACAUUGUUAGAAAGUUGUUCUCUACGUAAGAUGUCGAGGUCGUCGUGGCGUGGCAUGCUAUGGAACUGGUUUCAAUUUCGCGUUUCGGCUCUGUCUCCGCGGACCAUGUUAAGUUGAACGAUAAAGAAGAACGAGUCACUCGAGGAAGAUUUUAUUAUUUAAAACGAUGAAAUUGAUACGACGACACGCGAUCGAAGGACGACCUGCAACUUUCGCCCCGUCCUGGAUGUGCAACUACCGCGCCAAAUAUAUCGAAAUCUCGAAAUAGGUCAUUAAGCCAAAGAACAUGACGACGAGCUCGAUUAUGUUCUCGAAUCUAGAGACAGAGGAAGAUAUGUUCGUUCUUAAUUCCGCGCGUUUGUGAUUCGCAAAUUUUAAUGAAUUAAAAUUCUGAUAAAAAGUUAAUUCUGUAGACUAUAUACGUGUAUAUUAUCAUCGGGAUCAUGAAGUCGUGAACGUUGUAAACGUUCAUGGAGUCCUGUUGAAUUUUAACCGGUGCAUCGGUCGAAUUUCGAGAUUACAAACGUACGAGUAUUUAAGCCUGUAAUAUUUCUGUUGCCAACACGAAUACUCACUGCUAUUACUCAUGAUUCAAUCACGUAUUCCAAAAUUCCAGUUUCAAAUAAAAAUGCAAAACGAAAGCAACCUGUUAGUUUUUUAUUCUAGAAAUUGUUCUGAAUAUGAGAGACUGCAUCGCCCGUGCAAUAUCAAAUAAAAUUAAAUAAAAUAAGCUCUGAUAAACGAGUAGAAUUACCCUCAAGGGUACCUGCGAAUUUACUCUUAAUGCCAAACGCUGCAGAUAUCCAUCGACAUAAAACGUUACACAUUCAGUUUUAACGAUAUUGUAAUUUAUAAGUAGCCAAUAUAAAACGGAAUAAACAAGUAACGUUUUAGUCAUUUCAAUCUGAAUAUUUAAGUAAUAUCUUUUCGGGACGAAACAAUUAUUAAAACAAAAGCUUAAACGAGAUCAUUUAGAAAGCUACGAGGAAACGUUCCUUUUCUUUUGACGAACUUUGUCCAGAUUGAAAUGUAAAUUCGGUCACGUUUCUGCGUUUUAAGCCUGCCUCACGAUCCUCGUAAUAUCGCGAACGGAAAGAAAACGAAAUCGAAUUGUUUCUUCGGUCGCCACUCGAACGAGCACUUGUACGCUCGGCAAUCGCCAUAAAGUUGCUGUUAUUAGAAUCUUAAGUUGACGAUACGACAUACAUCGCAACCAUCUUUUAUCAGGAUUACUUUUAAAAAUAACCUGAUCCUUCUCCAAUGAAAAAAGAGACUGUUGUCGUCGUACGUUCGAACGCAUUGAAAAGAUCGCUCACAAUCGUAAACCACGGCGGAUUAUCAGUUUCCAGUUCGGCAACGUACGUGAUUUCGAUCGGGCACCUCUCAGAUUUAUCUCCACCCCCUUUUAGCGGCGAGAUCGGUGCACAAGCAACAACAUGCAAACUAUUCACUUAAGAAUCGAUUCGUUUGUGACCAAUGAAAGAUAGUCAAUGUUGCGGUUUCUCUGCAGGUUUUCAAGGAUUUCUGUAGAGAGAUGCUUUGGUCCUUGUAAAUGAAAGGUUUAUUGAAGUAACAGUGUAGGUUUUAAAUUGACGUUCGUUAUGAUGUAAAAACGAUAAGGCGGUGUGGAGGUAAUCGUUCAACCUGAAAGAUUUGCAUUCUGUUUCUCCGUUUCUUUCACUUCCCGCUGUUUAAAAAGAAUCGUUAAUCGAACACCAUAUCGUUCCUUCCUUUCUUAACGAGAUCUUUUUGUUCGUUGAAAUUCGAUUGAGUUUUUAGCGUUCUUUGGAAGAUUUCUUGUUUUUAUCAUGACAGAAUGUUUUAUUUUGAAUUAGUUGCAAGAUUUUAUACAGAGAAAAAUUUGUAUGGAUGAUAGUCUUUAAAUAUUCUUCCAGAUUAAUUUACAAAUGGACAAGAUCAUUAUCCUACAUUUUUCACAAAAUCAUCAUUUACUCCAAGUUACAAUAACAAUUAAGAAACAACCUCUAGUAAUUAACCACAUGUAACCUAGCGACAGCGUCCAAGAUUUCUAAGCAGCUUUCAGUCUGAUAGUUCCUAAACAUUCCAUGUAGCACGUCGAUUCUCUCGUGACGGUCGCAAAUCGUUCGUUUUCAACCCGAGACUUUAUAGAAAUCGUGCACCGGUUUACUAACGCGGCCGUUCCUUCGGGGAUUUUACGAUAAUCCAUUGUGUGGCAGGCUUCGUGGCGUUUCGUAGCGUUAGUGGUAGCUGGUACUUCCGUCAGCAGUAAGGUAUACGAGUUUCAAAGUACACGCUGUACUUUGUGGUUCCAACACGCUUAUAUAUACGAGCGAUUAUUCAGAGAGAAUAGCAUUUCUACUCGUGAUUAAUUCUUGAUCCUCCUCGAUGAUUUUAGUGGGAUUAUAGUGAGAAAGCGCGAUGGUGAAAUGAAUGAAUGACGAAUAAAUAUCGGUUUAUUUAGGCGGAUUUAUGGACGAUUGUGAUCUUGAAAAAAUGCUGGAGGAAAUUUUUCUUUGAAAUUCUUUCUUUCGAUAGAAGUUUGGAUGAAACAUCUUGUGAAAAACAAACUGAGUUACUUUCGGUCAAUAAUUUUACGAAAUUUGUAAGAAUGAUGUUUAUAGGAAUAAUUUAUUAAACAACGCAAAUUCAAAAUAAAAGUACAUAGUGCUUCGUUCCACGUUUCGUUAGAAUAUAGAAGAUGGAAUUGCAAUAGCAGAGAAGACGAAACCAAGCGUAAUAGAAAAAUCGUGAACGUCAUAAUGGUUCCGUUAUUACGUUACAAAUGAUCUAUUGUCACUGGCGAGGGGGCAGUGUAAAAAAAUAUCGUUGAAUUAUUCCCAGAGAUUAGAUUAAAGAAUCCAGGUAGUCGUUUGUGGUUGGGAGGAGAGCAGCUUGCUUUUCAGUUGCAGCUGCACAACAAGAUUUCGUCGUUGCCGUGACUAACAGUUGAAACCAAUACGAACGAAGAGAACAAUGUCGAUAAUGUACCAGAGCACAGUUGUACGCCAACUAUCCGGGGCGUGGCAAUUAGAUAAGUCUUGCUGCUAUAAAAUCGAUUCUGGGACUGAUAAUUAUAAUUGGACGGUGUAAGCAGUAGACAAGUACAAUAACGAAUGUGCAAUGUGAAAACAUUCCACGAAUCGAAGAUUGAAAGUUCUCGAAAGACAACUUUUUCGGAUACUUCCUUGUCUUUUCUGUUGUAAAGAGACUGUGAUGUUUUUAAGAGUUUUUAAAAUAGUAAAAAACGUUUAUGUUUCGAAUGAAAGUGAGGUAUACAAUAUUUGAAAACUUGGCGACAAUUGACAAAAUAACCUCUAUUAAGAAAGAAAAGAAGUGAAAGUAAUUAAAUGUUCUAUUUAAUGAAAUUAUAAGACCAGAAAUGAUCUCUACUCAAUUUUACAUAAAUUAAACUGAUUGUAUUUAAAGCAGCAUCACACCCGAAACUAUGUAAUAAAAAAGAAAAGGGGAAGAAAGGCGUGCUUCCAUUUUUCUGAACGACCGUUAGUCGAGUUGUUAUAAAUUUGUACAUAAUCACGAAACGGUGCGAGCGUAUUAUUUAUCAAUGGCAGUGAGACUCAUUCAUUCAAUAUGUUACUUAGCGUUAACGAGUUUAUUUAAUUAGGAUUAAGAGUUGUUUCAUCGUUACUUAAAACGAUCGGUCUUGUUGUAAGGCAUUUUGUUACGAGUUAAAUAUUUAUACCAUCGUCGAUCAUCCUGUCCUAUCAUUGUCCCUAUUAAAUAAGAUUAAACUAAAAAUACCGCGCACAGUGAUUAACAACGAUCAAUAUCAAUAUCAACGAUACCUAAUUGCAUAGAAAUCAGAAAUCCACAAACACGCAUGUAUGUAUGUAUAUGUAUACAUUAUAUUUUCUAUUGUAUGCCGAUGUUCUUGCUGUCAGGAUUUGAAAGCGAGAUACUAACACGAAGCAAAGAUAAAAAGAAAAAAAAGAAAAAAAAACGAUUGCAAAACCUCCCAAAA